GCAACCUGACCUGUCAGACAGGUGGGUUGACUCUUUGUCUCCCUUGCGCACAACCUGGUGUGGGCCAGCCGCAUUUUUCACUCUCCUCGGAUUUUCGCAAAUCCGACUCUUCUUCUCCGACGUUCUGCCGCAGUUUGGUGAACCUCUCCCAAGGACAUCAUGAUUCGCGACCUCUCUUCUCCCGGUGAGACGAUCAAGUACCGGAUCAUAGAGAGGGAAGGUGUCAAGGCGUCACGGUCGCUAACGUCAUCCUUCUCACAAGAGGUGAGUUCAGUUAGCACCAACAUUUCGACCGGGUCGUCUUCAAAGACCAGCCUUUAUGCGACUUCCCAGGCUAAGCAAUUUGAGGGGGCCAUCGCAGGUAGCAGUGCAGAGAAGGAAGGGAGGGAGUUGGUGACAACGCUGCAUGAGAAAAUUGAGUCUCAGGAAGAAAGGGGUGUGAUUUCCGGCUUCAAGGGCACCAACAUUUCGAUCGGGUCUUCAAAGACAGUCCUUUAUGUAACUUCCCCGGAUAAGCAAUUUGAGGGGGCCAUCGCAGGUAGCAGUGCAGAGAAGGAAGGGAGGGAGUCGGUGACGACAAUUCAUGAGAAAACCAAGAUUCAAGAGUCCCAAGAAGGAAGGGGUGUGAUUUCCGGUGUCAAGGGCAUUACUGGAGCGCAAAAUGGGGCUCAAUCGCAAAUCUCACUUCCUGCCAAUGGGUCCGCCUCCGCACGGUUUCAGAGCUCGAGCCAGAGCGGAAUUCAAGCAUCGUCAUUUGGAAAGACGGAAAGCUAUGGCAGCGUGCAGACAACUUUCACUAGUUCUGCAUACACCUCAAGCACUUCUCAAUCAAGCACUGGAGCCAAAACUGUGUCAGGGCAAAGCACUCAGGUGGGCGUAACGAGGGAGGGUCUCAAGGCAGGUGUAGCAUCAGGAAGUCUUAACUCAGGUCAAGAAAGUGAGCGGGACAUAAUACGGAUUCUCCAAGAAGAGAACAGACAACUGAAGCUGAAGCUGGCAAGCAUGGGAGUCGGUUCUACACAGGGAGGCGGGGUUAGUGUGUCUACCACAUCUGCCUCCGGGCAAAUCUCGUGGGACGAAGACUUCAAAGCACUCCAGGGUUGCAGCAGAGAUGAGCUGAUUAUCAAAAUCACACACCUGUUGGAGGAACGCAAGACCCUCAAACUCCAGAGUGAGUACGUCCUGAUUAGCACCCAGUCUUUGAAAGAAACGACUGAGACCGACGGCAAAUAUGUGGCCACACAAGGGAAAGUGGAAAGUGGCGGAGCAGUGCAGGUAAACACAGAAGAGAAAGGGACAUCCCUCCAGGCAGAGCUUGAUCAAGUGACCCAAUUGUACAAACAGAUUCUUGCAGAGAAGAAUCAGAUGGCAGAGGAACUCAAGCGUUUCAAGGCUUCUCAAGAACAGAAUGAAGAAAUGAAGACAAAAAUCAAGACCCUUGAAGAAGAGAAGGUGACGCUGGCCACGCUUAAGUCCGAAAACAACAGUCUCAAGACAGAGAAAACCAAAGCAGAGAAAGAAAAACUGGCUAAGAUUGAAGAAAUGAAGGGGCUGCAACAGAAGCUUACAACACUAAAACUUGAGAAUGAAAAUCUACAGGCACAGAACGUCAAGAUUGAAAAGGAAAAGGCAUCCCUCUUUGUCAAGAAGCAGACAACAGAAACAACAACGACUGUAAAGGUACAAGGAAAACAGGAAACUCAUGAAAAACAGAUGGAAGAAAUGAAGCUGAAGAUAAAGGCACUUGAGGGAGAAAAGGCAGAACUUCUCACAGCAGCAAAGCAAACUACCAAGACAAAGGCAGGUCCUGUCGGAAACAAAGAUGCAGACAUCAAGAAGGUACGUGAAGAGUUGACAUCCUUGAAGACAGAGAACAAGACCUUGAUGAUGCAGAAGACCAAACUGGAGGAAGAGAAGGGGGCCCUUAUGGCAGAGGCACAGGACAACUCAAUGUUGCAGGGGGAGAUAGAUGACCUCAAGUUCCAGCUGAACAGCCUGAUAUCCGAGAACACCAUCCUUACAGCGGAGAAGACAAGCGCACAGAAAGAAGGAUCCACAAAGGCAGAGGAGGAGAGGAAAAGGCUUCAGCGUGAACUGGACACUCUUAAGAAUAAUAAUCAGUCAGGAGACAAGAAGGUACAGGUGGAACUGUCAUCUUUGAAAAGAGAGAAUGAAGUCUUGAAGACCCAGAUAGCUGAGUUCCAAGGGCAACAAGGAACUGUUGCAGCUGGUGCACAGAUGAAUUUCAAGGGAGAUAAGAAGACUACAAAACAGCAAUCCGCUACCUUUCACACUACCAGCCAGGUGGUCACGGUGACGAACACACAGCAGGGAGAUAUAACAUCCCUGCGGCUGGAAAAUGAAAGCUUGAAAAACAAAAACGCCAUGCUAGAGAGGCAGAGAGCCAGUCUUCUCGCCAAGGAGGAAAAACUCACAACCCUGGAGGGGGAAAUGACACGGAUGCAACAAGAACUGUCCACACUACACACAGACAAUGCAAGCCUGAAGGAAGACCACGCAGCGUACGCUAACACAGACGUGAAGAAGGUACGUGUGGAGCUGAAAGCACUGAAGUCUGAGAACGACACCUUGAAGACACAGAAGAGUAAACUGCAGAAAGAAACAGGAAGCCUUCAGGCAGAGGUGCGGAAGAACACGACUGUGCUAGGAGAGAUGGAAAAGGUACAGAGCCAAGUGAAGAGCCUCGUGUCUGAGAUAGAGGUUCUGAAGGCAGAGAAGACAAAGGUGAUGCAACAGGAGGCAAAGAAGGCAGAAGAAGAGACUAAAAAGCUGCAACAAGAACUGGCUACCCUUAGAAAUACCGACCAAGAGUCAGUCAUUGCCAGGAUGGAGGCAGAGCUGACUAGUCUGAAAUUGCAAAGAGAAAGCUUGGAAGCUGAGAAGGCUAAGCUGGAGCGAGAAAGAAAUGCCGCCACAAUAAAGGUGGAGGGGAUGAACAGGAUGGAGGAAGAAUUGUCUUCUUUCCAAUCUGAGGUUAGAGUCCUAAAGAAAGAGAAAGUGGCAAACAAACAAGUUGAUGUAAAGAAGCUACAGAAGGAUCUGGCAUCCCUGCAAGCAGAGAACAAAGCCAUGAAGACAGAGAAGAGUAAAGUGGAGGAGGAAAGAAGGAGGCUUGUAGCUGAGACACAGAAAAAGAUGACCACGAAAGUGACAACACUUGAGGAGCAGCUGACUGUUCUCAGAUCUGAGAAUGAAAUCUUCAAAGAGGAUACGAGGAAGCUGAAAGAAAAAGAGGCUGAGAGGAUGGCAGAAGAGAGAAAGAAACUCCAGGAAGAAAUGGCAACAAUGAAAAUCACAUACCAAGAGCAAGUGGCCAAGACCAUGCAAGGAAAACUCGAUUCUGUCCUGUUGGAAAAUGAAAGCCUGAAACAAGACAAAGCAAAACUGGAGAGGGAAAGAGCCAGUAUGAGUAGGGAAAUGGCUGUAGAAGGUGGAGGUGCAGGUUUUAUGGUCCAGACAACAAGCAGAAGGGAAGUGCAGAAAACAAGUGAAUCAGUUUCCUUCAGGUCAGAGGCUAAAGGUCUGAAUGAGAUAGAGGUCAUCAAGAAAGAGAUGGAAGGAGGGAGAGUGACACAAGGAGACAAGAAGAUACAGGUGGAACUGUCAUCUUUGAAAAGAGAGAACGAAAUCUUGAAGGCCCAGAUAGCGGAGAUCCAAGGAAGACAAGGAACUGUUGCAGCUGGUGCACAGAUGAAUUUCAAGGGAGAUGUGAAGACUACAAAACAGGAAUCCACUACGUUUCACACCACAAGCCAGGUGGUAGCAGUAACCAACACACAGCAGGGAGACAUGACAUCGCUGCGGCUGGAAAACGAAAGCUUGAAAAACAAAAAUACCAUGCUGGAGAGGCAAAAAGCCAGUCUUCUCGCCAAGGAGGAAAAACUCACAACCCUGGAGGGAGAAAUGACGCAGAUGCAGCAAGAACUGUCCACCUUACACACAGAGAAUGCGAGUCUAAAGGAAGACCAUGCAGCGUACGCUAACACAGAUGUGAAGAAGGUACGUGUGGAGCUGAAAGCACUGAAGUCUGAGAACGACACCUUGAAGAAACAGAAGACUAAACUUCAGGAAGAAACAGGAAAUUUUCUGGCAGAGGUACAGAAGAACACCACUGUGCUGGGAGAGAUGGAGAAGGUACAGAGCCGAGUGAAGAGCCUCGUGUCUGAGAACGAGGUCCUGAAGGCAGAGAAGACAAAGGUGAUGCAACAGGAGACGAAGAAGGCAGAAGAACAGACCAAAAAGCUGCAACGAGAACUGGCUACCCUUAGAAAUACCGACCAAGAGGCAGUCAUUGCAAGGAUGGAGGGAGAGCUGUCUAAUCUGAAAUUGGAAAGAGAAAGUUUCAAAGCUGAGAUGGAUAAAGUGAUGCGAGAAAAUAACACCCUCACAAUUAAGGUGGAUGGAAUGAAGAGGAUGGAGGAAGAAUUGUCUUCUGCACAAUCUGAGGUUAGAGUCCUGAAGAAAGAGAAAGUGGCAAACAAACAAGUUGAUGUCAAGAAGCUACAGAAGGAUCUGGCAUCCCUGAAGACAGAGAAGAGUAAAGUAGAGGAGGAGAAAAGACGUCUUGUAGAUGAGACACAGAAGAAAAUGAAGAUGCAAGCGACGACACUUGAGGAGCAGCUGACUGUUCUCAGAUCCGAGAAUCAAGACUUCAAGGAGGAGAAUAGGAAGCUGAAAGAGAAAGAGGCUGAGAGGAUGGCAGAAGAAAGGAAGAAGCUCCAGGAAGAAAUGGCAACCACUGAAAAUCACAUACCAAGAGCAAGUGGCCAAGACAAUGCAAGGAAAACUAGAUUCUGUCCUGUUGGAAAACGAAAGCCUGAAACAAGACAAGGCAAAACUGGAGAGGGAAAGAGCCAGCCUGAGUGGGGAAAUGGCUGUAGAAGGAGGAGGUGCAAGUUUUGUGGUCCAGACAACAAGCAGAAGGGAAGUGCAGAAAACAAGGCUGAAAACCAGAGCCUGAGAUCUGAGAUGUCAAAGCUGAGGAGGGAAAAAGAGACACUCCUCAGCCAGGCACAAACUAUAACCUUGACAGAGGUGAGGGAAGUGGGGAACACUCAGCACACCACCAUCAUAUCAGAGAGCUCAAGCCAGGUCAUGGGAGAGAGGCAGGAAAGGGAGACAGUGGACCUGUCGAAGGAACAAGAAGCGACAGACAGCACCUUGGAGCGCAUAAAAGCAGAGAUGAGCACCUUGCAGACUCUCCUGGAGGAGAAGGAUGAGCUACAUGAUGCUGAUGAAGCUGGAGUAAAGCAAGCUACAACAGACAGUAGGACGACCGGUAAGGGUUCUGAUACUGCAUCCUACAUCAAGGAAAUCGAUUGCUCAACCGAGUUAACUCUGAGGAACGAGAAGGAGAAAUACGAGACGCUGGUGAUGGGGAAGUGGCAGGUCAUCGACCUGCAGGGUAGAGGUCCACAAAGAGGAAACCUCUACAUCAUCUACAUCAUCAUCAACUGUGAAACAAGGUUCCCAGUCUACAGAGGAGGAGACCAAGAUGCUGAAGAAGGAGAUUGCAGAGCUACACGGGUCCAGGGAAACCUACAGCAGGCCCUGGCGUCAAAGCUGGAGGAAAGUUCAGCGAACGUGACGAGGAUGCAGCUGUUGGAGAUGGAGGUGACGCAGCUGUAUCAGGUGCUGCUGCAGCACGGAGUGUCUAAAGCAGACGUCAAAAUAAUCACCUCGUCUGCGGAAGGCACCGAGGAAGCUGAAGAUGCCAUGGCAGCAACGAGUUUGCAGGUUCAGACCGUCGAGGUGACCCAAAAGAGCAAAGAGGUCCAAAGCCAAACCACAAAGAGUGCCGCAAAAUCCUCAAAACUGAGCAGGCUGGAGGAAGAGGCUGCGAAGAUGGCACAGAAGAGGAAGAAGCUGCAGCAAGAGCUGGCAAGUCUGAAGACUACAUACCAGGAGGAUGGAGCAGCCAAAACACAGCAGGUCCAUUCACAUAGGAGCGAAACUGUCAUCACCCAAACCACAACCGCACAGGGUACCGUGAAUACAUCACUGAGCAUGGAGCUCGAAGGAGAAAUGUCAUCUCUGAAGACAAAGCUACAGGAUUACGAACAGCUCCAGACAGAGUUAGCGGAGACAAAGAAGGAGCUAGCAAAGCUCAUGGAAGAGAAACACAGCAAAGGAAACAGUAAGAAGGCGGCCAAGGAAAGCCAAGCGGCUCAGGAGAAGAUGGACAUGCUCCAGAUGCAGGUGAAGGAGCUCUCGUUGCAGGUGAAGAUCUUGUCGACCAGUAAGGCCGACCUUGACGACACGAGGAAGAAGCUUGCACAGCUGCAGAAGGAAAACACGAGCCUCAGCGGACAGCUGGGUAAGAUGAAGGCCAUGGAGAGGGAGGUGACCAUCGCAAGGAGCGUCAUCCAGCAACUCAAGGACGACAAUGAGCAGAUGGCGUUGAAGCUAAAGAAAAGCAAAAAGUAAAAAAAUGACAAAAAUCUAUAGAGACAGUUAUGCAACCUAGGAGAAAUGGUGGCUGUUAGGAAUCAUAGUUACCAAGAGGUGAUUUUAUAAAUUUUACAGAACUUUUUUUUCCAUUACCAUGAGGUGAUGUAAGACUGUUUAGUGAUGGCUUGAGAAGACUUCUGAUAUAGACUCAGUUUUUGGUAUGGUGAAAGGAAAAUUUGUUUGCAAAUAGUUGGAGGUCUACAUAAUUUUUAUUAGUAUUGGUAGAGGAAAAUUCGUAGAAACACUGAGAAAUAGUCGUGGCAUUGCAACAUAAUUUUGAAUUUCUAUACAAUUCAACAGUUAAAAACGUUUUGACAUAAACAUUUGUCUGGAACAUCACAAGCACCUCCUGAAUCUAACCACAAGUUAUGGCAACAAGGAACAUUGAACAGGCUCUUCAGUCUUACAGAGUAGUUCUGCAUUAGCAUGUUUAUCUUAGUUUCAGAUAUCUAGAAUCAUUAUGAGCACAAGGUGGUGUUUGUUUGUUUUAAUAAAAUUGAGUUUGAUGGGUCA